AUGGAGUUCCCUGGCCUGGGAGCCCUGGGGGCCUCAGAACCUCUGCCCCAGUUUGUGGACCCCGCCCUGGUGUCCUCGACACCAGAGUCAGGGGGCUUCUUCCCCUCUGGUCCUGAGGGCUUGGAUGCAGCAGCCUCUUCCACUGCAUCAAGCACAGCCACGGCUGCAGCCACUGCCCUGGCCUACUACAGGGACACCGAGGCCUAUAGACACUCUUCAGUCUUUCAGGUGUACCCAUUGCUCAACUGUAUGGAGGGAAUCCCAGGGGGCUCACCCUAUGCUGGCUGGGCCUAUGGCAAGACGGGGCUCUAUCCUGCAUCAACUGUGUGCCCCAGCCAUGAGGACACACCUCCCCAAGCCCUGGAAGAUCAGGAUGGGAAGAGCAACACCACCUUCUUGGAGACCCUGAAGACAGAGCGGCUGAGUCCAGACCUCUUGACUCUAGGGAAUGCACUGCCUUCAUCACUCCCAGUUGCCAGCAGUGCUUAUGGGGGACCUGACUUUCCCAGUCCCUUCUUUUCCCCCACAGGGAGCCCCCUCAGUUCAGCAGCCUAUUCUUCCCCUAAGUUUCAUGGAAGCCUACCUUUGGCCUCUUGUGAGGCCAGGGAGUGCGUGAACUGUGGCGCAACAGCCACUCCACUUUGGCGGAGAGACAGGACAGGCCAUUACCUGUGCAAUGCCUGUGGCCUGUAUCAUAAGAUGAAUGGCCAGAACCGGCCUCUCAUUCGGCCCAAGAAGCGCUUGAUUGUCAGCAAACGGGCAGGUACUCAAUGCACCAACUGCCAGACGACCACUACAACGCUGUGGCGGAGAAAUGCCAGUGGAGACCCAGUGUGCAAUGCCUGUGGCCUCUACUACAAACUGCACCAGGUGAACAGACCACUGACCAUGAGGAAGGAUGGAAUUCAGACUCGGAACCGCAAGGCAUCUGGAAAAGGGAAAAAGAAGCGCGGGUCGAAUCUGGGAGGAACAGGACCAGCUGAAGGACCAGCUGGUGGCUUCAUGGUGGUAGCUGGCAGUAGUAAUGGGAAUUGUGGGGAGGUGGCUUCAGGCUUAACAUUGGGCACUGCAGGUACUGCUCAUCUCUACCCAGGCCUAGGCCCUGUGGUGCUAUCAGGGCCCGUCAGCCACCUUAUGCCUUUCCCUGGACCCCUGCUGGGAUCACCCACAGGUUCCUUUCCCACAGGCCCUGUGCCUCCUACCACCAGUACCACUGUGGUGGCUCCACUCAGCUCUUGA